CUGCCACACUCAACAUGGCGGCGGGCCGGUCCAAGGCCGCGGUCUGCCCAGGCGCUUGAGCUGGUCACACCUGACGCAUGCCACACUAGUUAUGGCGGAUCCCCGGCGGGACCCUGGCAGCGGGGCUCCUGAAACGUGCGGUCUGGAGCAGAUUUUGGAGGCGUUGAAGCUGCUGCUGAGCCCGGGAGGAUCAGGCUCCAGUUCACUACAGAUCCCAAAACGUGAUGUCUUGUUGGCUACUUUAAAAUCUAACCUGUCUGCUUUGGAGGACAAGUUUUUGAAGGAGCCCCACUGGAAGAAACUGAAACUGCUAAGGGAGGACGUUGCCAGCGAGGCAGGAUGGCCCCAGAGCUCUGCGGACGUCACCUGGAGCUUUACCGCUCAGGCCUUGCUGCUGCUCCUGUGCUUGAAGGAAACCAUGCUGCGCCUGGCGGCUGGUUUCAAUCCACGUAAAGCCGACCCCCGGACUCCGGAAGCCGCCCCUGCCCUGAGCCCAGAUACACUCAGUAUCUCCCAGCAGAAGACCGUCCAGUCAGUUUUACAGUUUGUGGUCACCUUGGGGGUCUGUCCUUACCUCAUGCCCGGUGUUGGAGUCCCUUUGAGAUGCAGGACUGAGUUCGGGGCUGUUGUUCAAGACGUGGUGUGUCUCGAUGCUGCCCCCGAUGCCACCCGGAGACUGUAUGCCAGCUGCAGGGUCCUCCUGAACGUUGCUCAGCACGCUGCUCUGGGGAGCCUGAUUUUCUGCCGCCAUUUCGGGGAUAUUGCCGCUGGUCUGUGCCAACUGGGAUUCUGCCCAACCAAGAGAAAACCACUAAAUUCCGAGGAAGAGGUGAUAACCGAAGAGGAAAGAGCCGUGUCUAGGAAGGCCCUGAGAGACGUCUUGGAUCAAGUGUAUCAACCGUUAGCAGUUCGAGAGUUGCUUUUCCUCCAGGGAGGGCCACCCCAGUCCAGCACAGAUAUGAAGACACCAGUGAGGUGUCGGGCCCCAGCUUGGCUCCGGCGUCUCUGUGGGCAGCUGCUCUCUGAAAGGCUGAUGAGACCCAGUGGUGUUCAGGCAGUGGUCCGGGGCAUUUUGGAAGGAGCAGGUGCGGGGGCGGCUGGCGGGAGUGACGCAGAGGCCACGGCCGCUGACUGGAAGAAGUGCGACCUGAUUGCAAAGAUUUUGGCCUCCUGUCCCCAGCAGUCUCUUUCCCCAGAGGAUUACUAUAGGGAUAUCUGCCCCCAGAUUCUGGAUUUAUUCCACUUUCAAGAUAAAUUGACAGCACGACAGUUUCAGAGAGUGGCCACCACCACCUUCAUCACUAUGUCAAGAGAACGCCCAGAGCUGGCGGCCAAGUACUUGCUUCGGCCAGUGUUAGCGCCUCUGUGUCGGUGUCUGAGUACAGCAGAGAUUCCAGAGAGUGACGUGGUGCCAGGGACGAUUUUGGUGACAGAAGAAGAACUUAGUCGAUGUGUUGAGGACAUAUUUAAGGUGUACGUGGUUGGGAACGAGCCUGUAGCAGUUCUGGUGGAUUCCCUGAUUCCAGUCCUGGGAGUGUUCUUUUCUCUCUACUGUUUUACCAAGCAGAGUGUGUCACAUCUAAGGUCACUUUGCCAAGAAACCUUGUUAUGGAUUCUGGGGAAACUGGAGAGGAAGAAAGCAAUUACCAGCCUGAAAGGUUUUGCGGGAUUGGACAAAUCUGUGCCUACUCUCCAUUCUCUGUGUCAGUUUAGAGCUGCCACUCAAGGUGGCAUAGUGAUUACCAUCAAAGAGGCCAUUUGUGACGAAGAUGAAGCCCUGUACCAGAAGGUGUCCUCAGAGCAGUGCCAGGUAGAGCAUCUCGGGGACUUGCUGUCCCUCUGCCAGGAAAGUGGUUUGGCUGGUGACUUCUUCAUCUUCUGCUUGAAGGAGUUGACUCAUGUGGCCGCGGAAAGUGAAGCAGAGUUAAAAACGCAGCCCUUCUCCAGCAACAGCCUGUUGGAGUUGGAGCGGCACCAGACUCUUCUGGUGGAAGGCCAAGAGCAGAAGCUGCUGGUCCUACAGCUGGUGGCUGUUCUGUGCGAGAGGAUGUCUGAGCAGAUAUUCACAAACAUCGCUCAGGUGGUGGAGUUUGUAGUGGCCACUCUGCAGCGAGCAUGUGCAAGCGUGGCACAUCGGACAGAGAGCGCCGUGGAGUCACAGACUCUGAGCAUGUCCAUGGGGCUGGUGGCUGUCAUGCUGGGAGGAGCUGUCCAGUUGAAAUCAAGUGACUUUGCUGUCCUGAAGCAAUUGCUGCCUCUCUUGGAGAAGGUCUCCCUCGCGUACCCGGACCCCGUCAUCCAAGAACUCGCUGCGGAUCUCCGCAUCACCAUCUCUACCCAUGGGGCCUUCUCCACCGAGGCCGUCAGCGUGGCCGCCCAGAGUGCCCUGAGCAAAAAGGACCCAGAAGGGAAAAUAGAAGAGCCGCAACAAAACAGUCGUGAGAGGUACACUGGUGUGUCCCAUGGCCACCUCAGCCAACAGCAAAGCCUGGAGAAACCCAACCAAACCGGCCUGGAAUCCAGCGCUCCACUCGGUCCUCAGGAGGGCAGCGAGCCCAGCACUACUACAAGCCAGACAGCUAGAAGCAUAACCACAGAACAGCUCCAGGAAGUUCUUCUAUCUGCUUAUGAUCCUCAAAUUCCAACACGGGCUGCUGCCCUUCGAACUCUUUCUCGCUGGAUUGAGCAGAGAGAAGCAAGAGCCCUUGAGGUGCAAGAGAAGCUUCUCAAGAUAUUCUUGGAGAACUUGGAGCACGAAGACACCUUUGUAUACCUGUCUGCUAUCCAGGGCGUUGCCCUGCUCACAGAUGUGUACCCUGAGAAAAUCUUGCUUGGUCUGUUGGCUCAGUAUGAUGGCAGUAAGGACAAGCACACUCCGGAGACCAGAAUGAAAGUCGGGGAAGUCCUGAUGCGGAUUGUCAGGGCGUUAGGGGAUAUGGUCUCCAAGUACCGAGAGCCUUUGAUCCACACCUUCCUGAGGGGAGCGAGAGAUCCAGAUAGCGCUCACAGGGCCAGCAGCUUAUCCAACCUCGGAGAACUGUGCCAGAGGCUAGACUUUCUGCUGGGCUCAGUGGUUCAUGAGGUAACAGCUUGCCUGAUUGCCGUGGCUAAAACAGACCAUGAAGUUCAAGUACGCAGAGCUGCCAUCCAUGUGAUUGUGCUGUUGCUUCGGGGACUCAGCCAGAAAGCUACAGAGGUGCUGAGGGACGUCCUCAAGGAUCUCUACCACCUGCUGAAGCACGUAGUACGUUUGGAGCCUGAUGACGUGGCUAAGCUCCAUGCCCAGCUGGCCUUGGAAGAGCUGGACGAGAUCAUGAGAAACUUCCUCUUUCCACCACAGAAGCUGGAGAAAAAGAUUGUGGUCCUGCCAUAGACCUGGUGGGCUCAAAGGACCUGGAGGGGCCCCGAGGAACCCAGCAGCCAGAGCAGUGCCCGAGCCUUCCAGCAGGUGGCCCCACGUCCUCUUUGAGGCUGGCAGUAUGGCUGACCCUGCAGGUGGCUUUGUGUCUCUGGUCAAGAGGCAUUUCAGAACAUGAAAAUGCAGUUGGAGGUAGGGAGGGGAAGGAAAUUGUUAUUGAACCAUGCGAAAUGGAAUAAAAUGACCCUGGCUGGAAAGAAAAACAGGUCUGUAUCGAGAUGGAAAGCUCUGGUGUGAAGGAGGAUUUGCUCUCCAGGAAAGAGAAUCAGACUGG